CACAGCGGAGUGGAGUCGGUUUCCAGGCAGCUGCUCUCUAUCUGCCUUUCUGACAGCUAUGCUAGCAUGUAAACAACACCAAAAAGCCCCGGCUGUGUGGGGGAAAAUCUAAUGAGUGAACCCGCUGUUGUUUUUACCACUAUUGCCCAUGUCCGUGGCUGUUUUGGCGUUUAUUUCCACUCCAUGUCUCCUGCUUCUUCUGUUCACCAUCGCCUCUGCAACAUACUGAGCUCCACUGAUGACAGGAGCUAACCCAAGUGUCUGCACAAAAGACAGUUUCCCUCCGACUAAAGUCCUCGCCGGGCAGCGGAUGUCUCGUUGCCUCCCCCUGAGGUCGGAGGUCAGUCGGAGUCAGGAGGCGGGUCCUCGCCAGCAGCAGUGAUGCGGGCUUCAGUGGCAGGCUGCAGGAUGAGCGUGGGCGCGCUCCUUAACGGGCUACUGGUCUCCGUGGUGGCGGCCCUGCUUUGGAAGUACUCCAAGCUGAGCGAGCACGCCGCCCUGCUGGAGGAAGAGCUGCACAUGACACGGCAGUCCCAGGAGCUCUCGCAGGCCCGCAUCGACUACCACGUGGCCCUGCAGGCUCUCCAGGAACACGGCACCCGCAUGGUCUGCACUGGGAAGAUGCACACGGACCGCAUCUGCCGCUUCGACUACCUCUGCUACUGCUCCGAGGCAGAGGAGUUCGUCUUCUUCCACUCCAAUUCUUCUGUCAUGCUGCCGAAUUUGGGGUCGAGGCGUUUUCAACCUGCUCUCCUGGAUCUGUCCUCGGUAGAAGAUCACAACACGCAGUACUUCAACUUCUUAGAGCUCCCAGCUGCUGCACUGAAGUUCAUGCCCAAGCCUGUAUUUGUACCAGAUGUGACACUGAUCCUAAACCGGUUUAACCCAGACAACCUAAUGCAUGUAUUCCACGAUGACCUCCUCCCAGCUUUCUAUACCAUGAGACAGUAUUCGGACUUAGACGACGAGGCCCGUCUCGUGUUCAUGGAGGGAUGGGGUGAAGGGCCGCACUUCGAACUCUACCGACUCCUCAGCAGCAAGCAGCCUUUACUCAAAGAACAGCUUAGGAACUUUGGGAAGCUGAUGUGUUUCACUAAAUCUUACGUUGGGUUGUCCAAGAUGACCACCUGGUACCAGUACGGUUUCGUCCAGCCACAGGGACCAAAAGCGAACAUCCUGGUCUCGGGGAACGAGAUCCGUCAGUUCGCUAGGGCUCUGAUGGAGAAAAUGAACAUCACGGGGGUGGAAGAGGCCGAGAAGGACGGAGGCAGUGCCGAGGACGAGAAGGACAAAGACAAAAAGGACGAAUACAUUGUCGUUUUUAGUCGAUCGACGACAAGACUCAUCCUCAACGAAGCAGAGCUGAUUAUGGCGCUGGCUCAGGAGUUCCAGAAGAGGGUGGUCACAGUGUCCCUGGAGGAGCAGUCGUUCCCCAGUAUCGUCCAGGUCAUCAGUGGGUGUUCCAUGUUGGUCAGUAUGCACGGAGCCCAGCUCAUCACCUCACUCUUCCUUCCCAGGGGGGCUGUUGUGGUUGAGCUUUUCCCAUUUGCUGUGAACCCUGAACAGUACACACCUUAUAAAACCCUAGCGUCCCUUCCUGGCAUUGACCUCCACUAUAUUUCGUGGAGAAACACUGAGGAGGAGAACACUGUUACCCACCCAGACCGACCCUGGGAACAAGGAGGCAUCAGCCACUUGGAAAAAGAUGAGCAGGAGCGAAUUCUGGCCAGCAAAGACGUCCCGAGGCACCUGUGCUGCCGCAACCCGGAGUGGCUUUUCCGGAUCUACCAGGACACUUUAGUAGAUAUACCUUCGUUCUUGGACGCGCUCAAAGAGGGCAUGAAGACCAAGCCCGUCUCGAAGAAGUCCAAGCCGGCCAGCACGGUCCAUCCAGGCCGGGUCAGAGAGCCUCAGUGUCAGACGUCGGUACAAACGACCAGCGAGGCUAAGCUCACGGUGUCCUGGCAGAUCCCGUGGAAUCUGAAAUACCUGAAGGUACGAGAGGUCAAGUACGAGGUGUGGAUUCAGGAGCAGGGAGAGAACACCUACAUGCCUUAUAUCCUCCCCCAACAGAACUACACCUUUUCAGAGAACAUCAAACCCUUCACCACCUACCUGGUGUGGGUCAGGUGUAUAUUCAACAAGAACCUUCUGGGACCCUUCGCAGAUGUUCUCAUGUGUCGGACCUAACCAGAACAGCGGACCUUUUGGUUGCAGUUGGAUCAUUAGCGGUCAGUUCAUGUGAUUUGACCCGUUUCUGCAGUUUGAGAACAGGGUAUCGCACAGUUUUCCUGCCCAACGCACGGAUCUUUGUGGCUUCAGGAUACACAGUUUGAUCUACAGGGUCCGGACUUAACGGCAACAGCCACAAAUGAACAAAUAAAUGGAAAAUAUAUCUUCUGAAGAAAGAACUUACUAAAUAACACAGCUCUACUGAUAAAACCAGAUUUAUUUAUGUGCAGAAUAAUAUUUAACAUGUUUUUUAGUGAUAGUCAAGACACUGAUUCUUAACCUUUUACAGUAUGCAAUGUAGCUUUUCCGUGGAGCACAAGAAAGAUUUUAGGAUAGCAAGAUUUUUUAUGUUUCCUGUCGACUGUACGAGUGAUACCUGUGGAUUACGAGUUGUUUAAUUUCAACACUACUUUUCAGAAUCUAUAGCCAAAACCAAAGUACCUUUUUUAUCAUGACCUCAGCCACUUUUCAUUCAUGCCAUAUUUCUUUUUUUAACGUGAUUUAACAGAUUUCCCAGCAUCCACGCGGUGUCUCUGAAAAUGUGUCAGAAAUUUGCGAAUGAACUUUGAGCGUUUGAUGUUGAUUACUGUGCGUUUUAUGCUGAAACAUUGUAAACAGCUCAGCAUCUUUAAAUCCUGUAGUUAUUAUCAGUGUAACGCAACCUCAGCACUGGUGUUUCCUACUUGUCCAGUCAAAACAAAUCUGCUUUACUACAUAAAUAAUUUAUUUUAUUCUAAUUGGCACUAAUUAAUACUGUAAUAAUUCUAAUUUCCUCUCGACACUAAAUUUGUUAUGCCAGGCUAUAAUUAGUGUAAAGCAGUUUUUCGUCUGUGCUGCCGGACAGUUGGAUUUUACUGCCACGAGGAAAAAGAAAAAAAUCAUUA